AUGUGUACUGCCACUUCACCCUGCCAUGUUCCCGCCAGACAACUGGAAGCUACUAGGGCUUCUGAGGAGAACCCGAUGAAUGGAUUCGACGAGAAUCAAGUUAUGCUGAUGGAUGAGGCUUGCAUCGUUGUAGAUGAGGAAGAUUAUCCAAUUGGGACUGCAAGCAAGAAGGACUGUCACCUGAUGGCUAAUAUCGCCCAAGGUCUCCUCCACCGCGGUUUUGGUGUCUAUAUCUUUGACUCAAAAAACCGUUUACUGCUCCAACAGCGAGCGUCGCAAAAAAUCACCUUUCCUAACGUAUGGAGCAGCUCUUGCUGUUCCCAUCCUCUUGACAUUGCGGGCGAAAGAGGAACAGAUCUCCACACUGCUGUUGAAGGUGUUCAGCGGGCAGCGCAGAGAAAGAUGCUCCAGGAAUUAGGCAUAAGCGCGGAACAAAUUCAAUUAGAGAAAAUUCAAUUUCUGACGAGGGUUUACUACAAAGCUCCCAUCACCGGGAUUUGGGGCGAACAUGAGAUUGCUUAUGCACUUUUAGUCCAAGCCGACGUCAAUCUUGACAUUAACCCCAACGAGGUUCAGGAUACCCGAUAUGUCACCGAGGGAGAGCUGAAGCAGUUGUUAAAUGACGAGCGGAUUGAGUUCAGUCCUUGGUUCAGGAUUAUGUGUGAUUCGUUGCUAUUCGACUGGUGGAAACAUAUCGAAACUGGGGUUUUGGAACCUAUUCUAUACAAUACUUCUAUCCAAAAGAUUUGA